UCUGCACAACGCCCGUUCCGGUGAGGAACCUUCACGAUGCUUUGUUAUGGAUACGGCCGUGGAGUCGCCACGGUUCGAUACCGACCAAUCAGAGCUGGUCGCUAUUUGUUUUUUUAGAAAUUACAUCGCAUCUCGGUGACAGCCGCACAACUACGUGAUUACGAAAAUGGUCAGAAACUACGACGGAGGACAUCGGGUCAGUGUGGUUGUUCUAGCAAUGUGAUAAUGUGCAGCCUAGUUGAGCGGCCUCGCCAGUAUCUUCGUUUGUUGGAUCAGAGGUCUAUGAACAAUCUCAGGGAAUGCUGUGAAAUGGAAGUCGUUUUGCCCUCCUGAGUUCUGAAAACGCGGUUUGAUCCUCGAUCACGUCACCACGCUCCUCCCUGGCAGCUGCAGAGUCUGUGCAGAGGGUGUGAUUACCAUGGAGACAGUGAGGUUGGAGCAGCAGGUGGCUAGCGCUGAGAGGGGUGUGGCCUUUCUGAAACAGGAACACCUGGCCAUGCUGACCGGCCUGCAGCUGGAGAUCAGAAAACUGAGGAGGCGUUGCCAGGAACUGUGCUGUGAGCUGGACACCAGGUACCCUGACAGAGCCAAAGACGAGAAAGAAGCAGAGUUGGCUGCCCGUUGCCUGGCUGCGGAGCGACUCUUGGCCGAGCAGCAGUGUAUGUUGGGAGUGGCUUGCAUGAAGCUGCGUCAGCGGCAGGCACGGGCAGCAGCUUUGGGGAGGAGCCUUAAGCAGGAAGAACGCCACUUCCUGGAUGAGCUGAAACGCCGUGGCCACAAGAUCACCUCUCUGAGCCGCGAGCUGCAGCGUCAAAACUUUACCACCACUGCACUCUGCCAAGAGCUGCAUGCUGCACAGCUCCUUCUCUACAAGCAGAGCCGAGGAGAGGCAGGACAGGCGAGGGAGGAGGUGAGGGCAGAAACAGAGGAUGGAGAAACAGGGGAGGGAGAAACAGGGGAGGGAGAAACUGAGGAGGGAGAAAGAGAGGAGGGGGUGGCCACACCGCUCAGACUGUACCAGCAAAACCAGGGAGAGGGAGAUGAAAAUGGAGAAGAUGAAGAGGAAGAAGAUGAGGAUGAGGAGGAUGACGAGGACUGGCUUCUGUCCCCGCCUCCUCCAUCCUCUCCCAGCCAGUUGGAGGGCAGACGCAGAGUGAGGGACGAGUGGGUCCGUGCGUGCGUUCCUCAGGAGGUGGUGACCUCCCCUCGGAGGGCGUGCCCCAUGCCCGACCCUGCCUUUUUCCUCUACCCACUCAGACAACGGCUUCUGCCAUGGAACAGACCAAUCAGAGUUCAGGAACGGGAAGGUGGAGCAGACAGGAGGGGAGGAGGAGAGAGAGUGGACAUGGGUGGAGUUGAUGGAGAGACGGCACUGUGAUGGGGGAUUUGUCGGAAGGAUGGUUUAGAUUGAGGAGGAAGAGGAAAGUGGGAGACUGGGAGGAAUGGUGGGGAGGAAAUGAAAAACAGCUCUAGGAAGGCCCAAUGAAGGAGAGUUCUAUGAGGGAGGACAUCUGGUUGGUCCAUUAGCUGAUUGACUGUUCAGUGGAGGAAAAACUGACAGGAAUGAGAGGGAGAAAUGGGAGAAGGAGAGGAAAGGGAAAGAAAGCAAGCAAGACCCUGUUCUAAUAUUUCCUUGGCCCAUCCCCCUCAGAUUUGAGGAACACUUGCUUCUAGGACUGAACCAAACUCAUGAAAGUCAACAUUUGUCUAGAAUGGAAGUGUAUCAAUGACACAAGAACUGCUUUCUGUUUCCACCAUGGUUGUCACACACCAGUCAUUCUGUGUUUUGGCAUAUGCUGUAUGUGUAUCCACAUUUCUGAAGUGAAAGAUGAGAACCAUGUUGGUUUAUUUUUAGCUUAUGUCUGAUCAUUUGACAUUCAUCUAAGUUUUAAAACCAGUGUUGUUGCUGUAACAUUAAAGUUAUGCAGCGAU